UCCUCUCCUUUCCUGCUCCCGUAGAACAAAAUGUAUCGGCGCGCAGCUCAGUCUGUUGCAAGGGCAGGCUCUGCGAGGACUUUCUCGCAUUCUGUAGCUCGGUCUUCGUACACGGACACUGCACGCAACCUAUUAAUUCACAAGGACACCAAGGUUCUAUGCCAGGGAUUCACUGGAAAGACUGGAACUUUCCACGUCAGGGAGGCACUUGCAUAUGGCACUAAUAUGGUCGGUGGUGUCUCACCCAAGAAAGCUGGACAAACGCAUCUCGGUCUUCCUGUAUUUGGGACAGUCAAAGAGGCUGUCAGAGAAACGAAACCCGAUGCGUCCAUUCUCUACGUUCCUCCACCUACCGCCGCCGAUGCCAUUAUCGAGGCUAUUGAAAAUGAAAUCGGCCUCAUUGUGUGCAUUACAGAGGGCAUCCCACAGGCAGAUGAAAUUCGAGUCAUGUCUGCUCUGAAAAGCCAGUCAAAAUCUAGGCUCGUAGGUCCUAAUUGUCCUGGUAUCAUCAAUCCCUUGGGUUGCAAGAUGGGAAUCCAGCCCGGUCACAUCCACAAACCUGGAAAGAUUGGCAUUGUAUCGAGGUCCGGAACUCUUACAUAUGAAGCCGUUGCCCAAACUACGGAUGUUGGUCUUGGACAGUCUCUGUGUGUUGGAAUUGGCGGUGAUCCCUUCCCAGGAACACAACACAUUGAUGUUGUAAAGAUCUUCCUCGACCAUCCAGAGACUGAAGGUAUUGUCCUCAUCGGUGAAAUUGGUGGAACCAUGGAGGAAGAGGCUGCGGAGUACUUGGAGAAAUACAACAAGACUCGUAAGAACCCCAAGCCUGUUGUGGCAUUCGUAGCUGGGCGCACGGCGCCACCUGGAAGGCGUAUGGGACAUGCGGGUGCGAUUAUCGCUGGUGGCAAGGGGAAAGCCUCUGAUAAAGUCGCUGCUCUGGAGAGGGCCGGCGUUAUCGUCACUGACAGCCCAGCCAAGAUUGGCCCCACUAUGCUGAAGGCAAUGCAAGACGCUGGCUUAGCUUGAAAUGUUAUAUUUAUUGAUUGUAUAAUGCCUCUGCUUAUUGCAAUUAGCAUAGAUCAUAGACCGCUCUUUUCAUGAAUCGCACUUGUCAUCGAGGUUGCAAAGUGCACGUGAUCUAAAUAGCCCAGUACUUUGUGCUUGAAACUGAUUUAUGCUUUCAACGAGGCUGCAUCGUUCCUUUCAAAUCCUCCAAAUACGUCAGGCCUACCCAAGAUUUCGAAUGACUUAAAGCUUGAGCUCUACGGAUUAUACAAACUACUCACGGUGUCCGCAGAACCUGAAGGAUCGAGGCCAUCGAUAUUCUUCCAAGUUGACCGUGCCAAAUACGACGCAUGGAAAUCUUCUGGGAUGACUUGGCAAGGGAGGGAACCUGAAGCGGAGGCACGAUACAUAGAAAUUGCACAAAGUUUAGGAUGGACACCUGGUGUUGAGGCUGGUCCUGCUCCUGAAGCUCCUGUCGAAAAGACGGCAGAGGAGCUUUUGGCCGAGGACUCAGAUGAAGCUAAUGUAUCCAGCGGGAUUGGAAAUGGAAUGGGCCCAUGCGUUAGUGUAAUGAAAAGGGAUGAAGAAGACGAAGAACAAUCUCUACAUAGCAUCGCAAUUGACGGGGAUGUUCAGAAGCUAGAAGCAUAUUUGGAAUCAUAUCCGGACAUAGACGUAAAUACUGUAGACGAUUACGGCUUUACUGCUUUACAUCUUGCAUGUGAUAGAGGGAACGCAGCAAUUGUCGAAUUACUAUUGCGGAAAGGAGCCGAUGCGAGUCUAACGGACAGUGACGAGUUAACUGCACUUGAUCUUGCUCGAGAAGCUAAUCAUGAGGAUAUAGCCACGAUGCUGGAAAACUACUCACGGACCAAGUGAAUUUAGUUUGUACAUACGCAAUAUCCAUUGUCUAGUAGACAGAAGUUAUUUUCUUGGAUAGCCGGAAGGAUCAGAAAUAGUCUGCGAAUGCAAUCUAGCAGUUGAUUAGGUAGUAAAGAUACAUAAUAGAAAGAUCUCGCCCCGCAAUAAUCAUCCUCCCCUUCUACCAAGCAAGAAACCGUAAGGCUAGCGGAAGUGCGCUGAGUUUCGAUGUCCGGUUGGCGGCCGCCAUGCCUCCCACUACGUCGUUCGAUCCCUGGUACGUUUAUGACCUCGAAUCGGUCUUAAUAGCUCCUUCCUCAGCUUUAUUUCCCACUAUUUCCGAGCUGUUUUGGAUCUGACAAAGCGUCCCGCCGUUUUGGUACCGGAUGGUACUUCGAAUCUGGUGGUAAGAUGCCGCCCUGUGUAAAAAGCUUGACUGCCGACUUGCUCGGCUGUGCACCAACGUUCAACCAAUACUUUAUUCGAGCCACACUCCAUUCCACCGACUUUUCUGUCCGGUCUUUCGCUGGGUCAAUGGUAUGUCGAUAAACACCGAGUGUCUCGAUAGGCUUCGCAUCUCUUCGUUGUUUGCCAUUUAUAGCGACGAUGCGGAAGAAUUUGUUGUUUGUUGGGCCGUGCAUGGAAAAACGUAUACGGACGACCAUGGUUAGAGCGAGCUAUACGAGCUGAAGCAAUUGGU